UGUUGUCUUUGCUGCACAGAAGAGGACAUGGAGUGACAACUGUUACUCUUUCUGUACAGAUUAAAAAUAAUUUUGAAAGAAUUUAAUAUUAAAAAGGUCUGCUUUUCAUUCUUACACUCAGACUUUUAUAUGUAUUGUUAAAUCUAGAGAACAUGAAUGGUUUAAGCUGGACCUUCCAAAAUACUUGUUUCCUGAAGACCCGUCAUAUAGCUCUACAAUGAUUGAUGAUGAAGCCUUAAAAGAAGUGUGUGAGAAGUUUGAAUGCACUGAAGAGGAAGUGCUAAGUUGUCUGUACAGCAGAAAUCAUCAGGAUCCUUUAGCAGUUGCUUAUCACCUCAUUAUAGAUAAUAGAAGAAUAAUGAAUGAGGCCAAAGACUUCUACUUGGCUACAAGCCCCCCAGAUUCUUUUCUUGAUGAUCACCAUCUGUCUCGCCCUCAUCCUGAAAGAGUGCCAUUUUUAGUAGCUGAAGCACCUCGUCCUCGCCAUACUCUUGAUGAGCUGAAUCCACAGAAGUCAAAGCACCAAGGUGUAAGGAGGGCUAAGUGGCAUUUGGGAAUACGAAGUCAGAGUCGACCAAAUGAUAUAAUGGCUGAAGUUUGUCGAGCAAUUAAACAACUGGACUAUGAAUGGAAGGUUGUAAAUCCAUACUAUCUGCGUGUCCGACGGAAGAAUCCAGUUACCAGUGCUUAUUCCAAAAUGAGUCUACAGUUGUAUCAGGUGGACAGCAGGACAUACUUACUGGACUUCCGUAGCAUCGAUGAUGAAAUUACUGAAACGAAGUCUGGGACUGCAACUCCACAGAGAUCAGGUUCUGUGAGCAACUAUAGAUCCUGUCAAAAAGAUUCAGAUGCUGAUGCACAAGGAAAAUCUGCAGAUACAUCCCUUACCUCAUCAGUGAACUCAUCGCUUGACUCUUCUACAGCUGACUUAACUCCAAGGCCAGGGAGUCAUACAAUAGAGUUUUUUGAGAUGUGUGCAAAUCUUAUUAAAAUACUUGCGCAGUAAUUUUGAA